AUAAUAUUCAAUAAUCAAUUAUCAGGUGUAAACGUUUAUUUUUCUUCUCUAUGCUCAUGAUCUAUUUCCCUGCGCGCAUAUGACAGAGGAGCGUGUAUUAAUCCUGCUGUAGGACUGACUCAUUGCUGCCAGCACUUAACAGUUACAGUAGGUCAAACAACCCCCUAAUAUGAACGAGUCACUCAGAAAAACGAAUCAGGACUCUCGAGUCAGAAAAAAAGAGUCGUUCAAAAAGAACCAAUCGUUAGCGAACUGCACAUCACUACAGAGAACCACCGAGAGGACAGCUAUGGACUGAAAACCCUCGAAAGGGGUAAUACACCGACUGGAAAUGUUCAAAUCUAAAUGUAUAUCAUGAACACAGAUAUGAUUCCAAAAUUCAUCUCGAAAGAUGAGGAGAUUGACUUCUGGAAGACUCUUUCCCUCAAGUACCAGAAAAGUUGCCAGGAGGCCCAGGAGGAGCUGCUGGAGUUUCAGGAGGGCAGCAGAGAGCUGGAGGCAGAGCUGGAGACCCAGCUGGGCCAGGCCGAGCACCGCACGAGAGUCCUGCACUCUGAAAACAGCACGCUCAAGAAAGAGGUGGACUCACUCAAGGAAAAACUGGAGCAGCAGUAUGCCCAGAGCUACAAACAGAUCAACAUGCUGGAGGAUGACCUGGGACAGACCCGGGGCAUAAAGGAGCAGCUCCACAAAUACGUGCGGGAGCUAGAGCAGUCCAACGACGACCUAGAAAGAGCCAAGAGGGCUACAAUUGUGUCCCUGGAGGACUUUGAGCAGCGUCUGAACCAGGCUAUCGAGAGGAACGCCUUCCUGGAGAGCGAGCUGGAUGAGAAGGAAUUCGUCCUGGUCUCAGUGCAGAGAUUGAAAGAUGAGGCCAGAGACCUGCGUCAGGAGCUUGCUGUCCGAGAGCGAAAUACGGACGUAACCAGGAUGUCGGCGCCCACCUCGCCCACCCAGGAGGACAAUGACAAGAUGGAUUACUCUGUCCAGGCCUUACUGUCUCUCCCCGCAACGCCGCUCGCGAAGAGUCUGGACAAUGCCUUCGCCAACCCCACAGAGUUGUCCAAUGGCCUUGGUAACUCACUGACUCCCUCUGCUAGAAUAUCAGCCCUCAACAUCGUCAGUGACUUGCUACGGAAAGUGGGGGCUCUGGAGUCUAAGCUGACAGCCUGCAGGAACUUUGCCAAGGACCAGAAAGCCAGGAAGUCUUAUGCCAUCACGGAAAACGGGAACGUGAUCAACGGCAACACAGCCAAGUUCUCCCAUAUACUCCACACGACGUCGUCAUACUACGACAAAACGAGAGAGAGGGUCAUAUUCCCUGCAUUAAUUCUGGCAGGGCGGUGAAUGGCCUGGACCCUGGCACACUGACAGCCAUCACAGCACCCCCCUCUACCUCCCCCCCUGACCUUCUGCCUCUCAUUGUGUGACGGUGACAGACAGUACCACUGCCAAGCCCCCCCCCCCCAACACCUACCUUCUGCCAAUGGACAAGACUAUGUCUUAAAACAGAAAGCAUCGUGUUGACUUUCAAAUGAGGACAUAAAAAUGGCCGGCACGAUUAAACACUUUUCACAUACUGUAAUACUGGCCCCUCUUUGCAGUCACUACAUAUUAACAGGCUAUCUUUGUGUCAUUCUGACCCUUUAGUGAUUGUGGGACUAUUCUAGAGGAAACGGUGAGGGAUUCAAAUAUACAUUGAGUGUACAAAACAUUAAGAACACUUCCUAAUAUUCAGUUUUACCCCCUCCCUUUUGCCCUCAGAACAGCCACAAUUUGUCAGGGCAUGGACUCUACAAGGUGUCGAAAGCGUUACACAGGGAUUCUGGCCCAUGUUUACUCCAAUGCUUCCCAGAGUUGUCAGGUUGGCUGGAUGUCCUUUGGGUGGUGGACCAUUCUUGAUACACACGGGAAACUGUUGAGCGUGAAAAACCCAGCAGGGUUGCAGUUCUUGACACAAAGCGGUGUGCCUGGCACCUACUACCAUACUCCAUUCAAAGGCACUUAAAUCUUGUCUUCCCAUUCACCCUCUGAAUGGCACACAUACACAACCAAUGUGUCACUUUUCUCGAGGCUUAAAAAAACCCGUAUUUAACCCUUCAUCUACACUGAUUUGAAGUGGAUUUAACAAGUUACAUCAAUAAGGGAUCAUAGCUUUCACCUGAAUUCUUUCACCUGAAUUCACCUGGUCAGUCUGUCGUGGAAGGAGCGGGUGUUCAUAAUGUUUUGUACACUCAGUCUAUUUUAUUUAACUGUUACGAUUUGUUAGUGCGUGGCAACUGAUACUGUAGCAGGUGAGAGACUAUAGAUUAGCCAGAGUCAGAAGAAAUAAGAUGCACAUGUCUGUAUUACUGUAUCUAGAAGCUUUGCCUCAGGCUGUGGAAGAGACCCUAUCUCCUGCAACUUUCCAUCUGUUAUUUUCCAUUUAUGAAUGGAAAACUAUGGUUAAUGACUUGGCAGCUGGCACAGCGGUGUAGAUGUGUUUAAUAGCCUGGAAUGAUCGUUCACCACAUGGACCUGCUCCUAACAGGCUGACAUAUUGCCCAUCAAUAAUUGAUGGUGGUUUAAAUAUCCUAUGUCAACCUCAUCUGCCUUUCUGACCUUGAGUUUAAUUCCAGUAACCAUUUGAAGAAUCUAAUAUUUUACAGUUUUGUUUGUGUUAAAAUUGAAUAGAAACCUUAAA